AUGUCCAUGCUGGUCUUUACACAGUACCGCGUACGUACCAAUGUUCGUGCUGGUCUUUACGCCAUACCGUAUAAACGCUGGUUGAAUGAGUUUGAUGAUAAACUGCUUUUUACAUGUCCCUCAUUUAAUACAUUUGAUACAAUUAGCAGUCAACAUCACAGUUACUAUGAAGAUCGUUUGUGGGAUUUCAAAUGUAAGGGAACAUUCAGUGAGCUCCCAGCUUGUUCAUGGACUAACUACGUGAACAACUUUGAUGAAGAGUUUACCUUCACCUGCCCAUUUGACUCCAUUAUCAGUGGUAUCGAGGCUUAUCACAACAACCAUCAUGAGGACAGGAGGUGGAAGUUUUUUUGCUGCCGUGUAAACAAUGCCUGCAAUGAUCAGUGUUUCUGGACAGACUAUGUCAAUUAUUUUGAUAAUUACUUCAGCUGGGAAGUUCCGGACUCUAGCUACCUUGUGGGCGUUUCCAGCUAUCAUGAUAACUAUCGAGAGGACCGUCGGUGGAAAUAUCAGUAUUGCACCCAAAAGGCAUGUUAA